AGCACACAGGAAGUAAGGGGUGCUAGGAGCAAGAUAUAAACGACCGACAGCAGCACAUCACUUCAUACCAGACUUGUAGUAAUGGUCAUAUUCAACAUGGCCUUAACAAAGUUUGCCUCAUUUCUCGCUGUGAUUUCAUUUAUUCAGAUUCUGAGCACCGUGUCUUCCUUGACGAUGGACCAAAUUAUUCAAAACGCGGCUACAUCAAGCGCCCAGUUCGAUUUCAUGGAUGAGGCCGCUGGCGAGGUGCAGGUGGAACUCGACAUGAAGUUCACGAUGGACCAGUGGAGGGAGAUAAUCAAACUAAAUAAAACCAGCGGAAACACCAGAGAGAAGCGGAAAGCCGUCCGGAACACGCGACUUCGGUGGACGUCAAAGAGGAUCCCAUACGAGAUAACCGCAAAUACAUUCUCGACCAACGACCAGCGACAGAUCCAGAAUGCGAUCAACGACUGGGAGAUGUACACGUGCCUCUCGUUUCCACAGAGAAGCACUGGGAACCGAAUGAGAUUUCAAGAUGGCGGCGGCUGUUCUUCGUUCGUGGGGAUGUUGGGGCGUGGUCCUCAGGCCGUCACUCUAGCACAAGGUUGCAGACAGAAAGGGACAAUUAUUCACGAGAUCGGCCACGCCGUUGGAUUCCACCACGAACAGACCAGGCCUGACAGGGACCGCUUUGUACGAAUACUGAGGGAGAACAUCCCUCCCAACGUCUUUUUCAACUUCCAGAAAUAUUCCACAGCAGUCAUCGACGAUUUCGGCGUUCCUUACGACUACACCAGCAUCAUGCACUAUGGCAGUACGGCGUUCUCUGUGAAUGGUCGGCGCACCAUCGAGACCCUCAGACCGGAAUUUCAAAACAGGAUCGGAAACCGACGUGGCCACAGCUUCAGUGACAUCAAACUGGCAAACAAGAUGUACACCUGCUCAGAGUCUUGUACUGGCAUCACCGAUGCUGACUGUGCCGGUGAGGGCUUCGUCGGCAAAGACUGCAAGUGUUGGUGCCCCGGAACUGGAAACAGCCCAGUUCAGUAUUGUGACGGAGGCGACAUCGGGGACGGCGGUGACGGUGGAGACGGUGGCGAUGGCGGCGGUGUCACACAAGCACCAGUGACUGGGACUUGCUUUAACAUGCACCAGAGCUGUGAAGCCUGGGCAGAACGGGGGGAGUGCCAGCGAAACCCAGGCUACAUGUUGGUCUACUGCCAGGAAUCCUGCAAUGUCUGUGAUAAAGUUGCAACCUGUGAGGAUAUGAACACCAACUGCAACUACUGGCAACGUCGAGGAUACUGCACCGACAUGUUUGUCAAUUACAUGCGCGAAAACUGUGCGCAGUCAUGUGGCUACUGUCGAAGCGAUCCUGCGGACAGCAGUAAUGGACAACCAUCACUCCACCUUACAACAUCAUUCAACACUAUCCUCAUGUGCGGCCUGACAGUGCUCUUUUCCUUCCGCCACUGAUCGCCUGUUUCCGUGAAAUCUCGAAGGCCGACGGAAGAUGACACAGAGUCGUGACUCUUGCUUUGAUCCUGCGAGUUUGAGGUUAUUGUACUCAACAGCAAGUGAGUGAGUGAGUGAGUUGGAUUUAAGACGUUUUGAACAGUACUUCAGUACAUCACAAUGUAUCAGCUUGAUGAAGCUUGGAAGCUCGGAUCCUAAACUGAAAACGUUGCAAACAUCACGCAAGAUCACGUUCUUCGUCUUCCAUCUGUGCCGAACAUCACUGUGACAAUCACCAACAAAAUAUUACAUAAUAUCACCAUGGAUGAUCCUGGGCUGCUCUAACGCUUGUGAAAAUCUUCCUUUUGCAAAACCAUUUUUAGAAUGUAGAUAUGAAGUAAAAUGACUCUUUGAAGAAUCUUGAAACUUCUAUUCAAAUAAUCAAAACACACUCAUUUUGACAUUCCACAAACUCAUUGUAUAGCAAAAGAUGCGCGAUAUCAACAUAGUUUAUCAUCAUCAUAAUCAUCAUCAUCAUCAUAAUCAUGAGUAUUAUUAUCGCGACUGACAUGCGAGUCAUUGACCGUUACCACUUCGGUUAAACACGAUCAGUGUUAAAUCUUGGGAGUCGAACCCACCAUUCCGGAAUUCUAAGGGACACAAUUCUGCACUUUGAAUAUACCAUUUGGCCACACGUUUUCCCUUCCAAACCAUACAAA